ACUUCCAUUCUGUGAGAACUCCCGGGAGGCUGGCGAAACUGUACCCCAACCUGGUGCACACAGAGGCCACAUCUCUUCACAGACCCAACUGGAUGGAGCUUGACAAGUUAUAUGGUGUUGGGAAGCUUUAUGAUUGGAAGAAAAAUAAUUACGCCUGCCAUUUGUGGAUUCGGAUGCAUAAAACGGAACAUAAUCCUACCGAUAUCAAAACUUGGAACACUACUGUUGGAGAAAUGUUCAGGUGGGUCUACUAUGGCGACUGGAAACUGCAGUUGCUAGGGCAACACGUCAAUCCCACGAACAAUGUCCUAAAGAAAUCGUGUAUUCUUAACAACAUUUGCAGGACGAAUGACAGCUCGACAGUUUAUACCUAUGAGAGGGAGAACGAUUUUCUCAAAAAUAUCGAUUCCACUGUGGAUAUAAAACGGAACAUUGACCAUCAAGAGAAAGUCAUCCCAAAUAUUGUUCAUUUUACAUGGUAUGGCGGAUUAAAGAAUGGUAAUGACUUUCGGUUUCAUCAACUUAUUGCUUUUCUAGCAGCUCACAGAUUUAUCAAACCGGAUCACAUACUGUUCUGGCACGAUUUGGUUCCAAGUGGAAAUUAUUGGAAGGAAUUGCUUCUGAAAGUUCCGGAAGUUGUACCUGUGUACCGCAAAGCGCCGUCUGAAAUACGUGGCAGAAAAAUAUCAGUUCCAGAGCAUAUGGCACAUGUUGUGGGCUUAGAAGCCGUGCUAGAAUAUGGUGGUGUGUAUUUAGACCUUGAUGCCAUUGUUCUCAGACCCUUGGACCCCUUGUUGAAAUAUGACGUGGUGAUGGGUGACCAUCCAGAUGGUUUAUGCAAUGGAAUAAUAAUAGGGAAACCCUAUGCCGAUUUCCUGAAGAUUUGGCACAGAGAAUUCAAGACUUUCGAUGACAAAAACGGGACUUCCCAUUUCGUAAGUAUGUCAGCACAUGUAGCCAAAGAACAUCCCAACCUGAUUCACAUAGACAAAACGUCCUUGCAUCGACCUGACCAUUCUGAAGAGGAUGCUUUGUUUUUGGAAGGAAAGCUGUUUAACUGGAGGGAAAAAUAUUACGCUGUUCACCUCGGGAUACAAUUUCAUAAAAGUGAACACAACCCCCAGGAUAUCAAAUUCUGGAACACUUCUGCCGGUGAGAUAUUUAGAUAUGUCUAUUACGGAGACUGGAAAAUGACACCCCUUCCUACAAAAGGAAAACUAUGCAUUUACGGUAAUUUGUGCAAAGACAAAGAUUCGGAGAAGGUGUACAAAUACAUACGCCUUCCGGAUUUUAUGAGUAGGGUAGAAUCUAAUGUGGACCUAAAGCUGAAUAUUAGCCACAAUGAAAGGAUUGUUCCAAGUAUUUCUCACUUUACCUGGUACGGAGGUAAAGCUAAAGGUAACAUGUUCCGGUUCCAUCACCUACUGUCUGUUCUAGCUGCUCAUAAGUUCAUCAAACCUGAGAAGGUCCUGUUUUGGCAUGACAUGGUUCCAGAAGGCCCUUAUUGGACAGAAGUUAAAGAAAAAGUGCCAGAACUCACACUUGUGUAUCGAGCAGCGCCUUCUGAAAUCCGUGGUAGAAGAGUUAAAGUUGCUGAGCACCUGACCGAUGUGGUUCGCCUGGAAGCGGUUAUGGAAUAUGGUGGGUUCUACUUCGACCUGGAUGCUAUGGUCCUGAAACCGUUAGGCCCUCUGCUUAACUAUGACGUAACGAUGGGGUAUGAAACCCAGAUGGUCUUUGCAAUGGAAUAAUGAUAGGAAAAGCUUGGGCUGAAUUUUUUAGGAUAUGGCAUAAAGAGUAUAAAACAUUUGACGAUAGUAACUGGGCUUACCACUCGGUUAAACUUCCGGCGAUUUUGGCUAAGAGAUACCCAAAUCUUAUACACAC